AUGUCGAGCAAGGGCCGUCUCGCCGGCAAGGUAGCCAUUGUCACCGGAGGUGGUUCCGGUUUCGGUGAAGCUAUUUCAAAGCGCUACGCGGAGGAGGGCGCUCAAGUUAUCGUUGCGGACUUGAACCCGGAAGGUGGAGCGCGGGUAGCCUCUUACAAGCCGGAGAACAUGCACUUCGUCAAGAUGAACGUAGCAGUGGAGGCUGACUGGAAGAGCGUUGUAGAGACUACGGUGCAGAAGUUCGGACGGUUGGAUAUCUGUGUCAACAAUGCCGGAACGAGUUAUAGAAAUAAGCCAACUCUAGAAGUCACGGAAGACGAGUUCGACAGGGUCUUUUCUGUGAACACAAAGAGCAUUUUCUUCUCCGGUAGACAUGUGAUCCCGCAGCUCGUCACUCAAGGGGGCGGUUCCAUCAUCAAUGUUGCCUCUAUCGGAGCAACUCGUCCCCGUCCUGGUCUGGUGUGGUAUAAUGCUAGCAAAGCUGCAGUGACAAACGCAACUAAGGGCCUUGCAGCUGAGUUCGGAGAGAAGCAAGUCCGUAUUAACUCCAUCUGCCCUCUACUAUCAGGAACUGGACUUUUCGAGACCUUCGUCGGCGUCCCCCCAACCGAAGAGAACUUCAAGAAAUUCCUCGGCAACGUCCCCCUCGGCCGUCUCACAGAUCCUAACGACAUCGGAAACUACUGCGUCUUCCUCGGAAGCGACGAGGCUAAGUUUAUCACCGGUACUUGCUUGGAAAUCGAUGGUGGACGUGGUAUUUAA